UGUAAGAGGAAACGUUCUCUCUUCCUCCCUGUCUCUCUGUACACAUGGUUUGUUCCAGGUGAGCGCCUCCGCUCUGUCUCGCUCUGUCUCGCUCAGUCGGCUGCAGGUAAGAGCACAGGAGAUGUGCGUUCCUUGUCACUCACCCACAGGACUCGGGACACAGCCCCGUGGACUCCCGUCCUGCUGUCUUACUGGCUGCAGCACUGACUGACAGCAAAGUGCCGUGAAAUAGAGGGUAUAAGAAGAGGGGGGCUGGUCCAGAGACCGGGAUGUAAUGGCCGUGUUGUAUAGGCCUGUGCUAGCCAAUGGACCACCUGAAGAUAGUCCCAUGCUCAGGAGAGCCUCUCUGGAACAGCCCAAGGGGAACGAUGAGGAACAGAAACCCAGUGGAUCCAGCUCCACUUACAAACAGAGGAGCGAGGAAUUUCGGAAGAUCUUCAAGGAGCUGCCAGAAAGCGAGAAACUGAUAGUAGAUUACGCGUGUGCCUUACAGAAGGAGAUUUUACUACAGGGGCGAAUCUACCUCUCCGAGAGCUGCCUCUGCUUCCACAGCAACAUCUUCCGCUGGGAAACCACAAUAUGCCUGCAGCUACGGGAUAUCACUUCUAUGACAAAGGAAAAAACCGCCCGGCUUAUUCCUAACGCCAUACAGGUCAGCACAGAGAACGAGAAGCUUUUCUUUACUUCGUUUGCUACAAGAGACAGAAGCUUCCUAAAUAUCUUCCGCAUGUGGCAGAACGUUCUACUGGACAAGACCCUGACCAAGAAGGAAUUCUGGCAGCUGGUUCAGCAGAGCUAUGGAACCGAUCUUGGGCUGAACAAUGAGGAGAUGGAGCACAUGUCUGUGCCAGUGGAAGAUAAUGGGCAGACAAGACUCUUGGGAAGGGCAGUUUCAGAGGAUUGUGGAGAAAAGCCAGAGAAAAUGCCCCGGGGCGCUUCCGUCUCACAGGGCACAGAGACCGAUUCACCUUUAUUGAGCCCCAUGCAGUUGAUACUGAGGCAAUCGCAUGUAGAAGAAAGUCAAGGGGAGAAGGCAGGGGGCAAGAGCCCCCAGUUAGGCGCAGACAGAAAGCCCAGCCUCCGGGCAACCAUCGGAACCCCUGCUCUGGCACUGGACUUGAAUGGGAAUGAAAACCAGAAUUUAGACCGGAGCAGCUUUUCUGAUACAGGGGAUGAGGAAGAUACCAAGUACCCCGAGGAAGGGAUCGACGGGCGGCUCUACAUUAACCGCGUGUAUCAGAUCAGCGCCGAGAGGAUGUUCCAGCUUCUCUUCACCCAAUCACACUUCUUUGUCAACUUCCUGGGGUCCCGCAAAGUGUUUGACCUGGAAUGUACCCCCUGGCAGUCAGACGGCAACGGGAAGCAGACAAGGACCCUCACUUACACCAUCACCAUUAACAACCCGCUGGUCGGAAAGUUCACCACGGCCACAGAGAAACAGGUGUUGUACAAAGGCAACCAAGGUGGGCUGAGCUACUCGGUGGAAGCGGAGGUUCUCACACACGACGUGCCUUAUCACGACUACUUCUACACCGUGAAUAAAUACAGCAUUGUCCGAACGGCCCAAGACAAAUGCAGGUUACGGGUCUGCACGGACGUCAGGUACAAAAAGCAGCCCUGGGGCCUGGUCAAGACUUUCAUUGAGAGGAACUCGUGGAGUGGCCUGGAGGAUUACUUCAAGCAGAUGGAGUCGGAUCUGAUGAUAGAAGAAAACGCUUCAGGUUCCGUCUUAGCAGAGGCUGGAAAAUCCAUGAGAAGGAGGAGACGGAAUCCGAACCGCAGCCUGGGGGAGCACCUUCCCAAACAUGGCGCCCAGCACGAUCCCACACACAUGGGACUGGAUCUGAGGAAGGAUCAUACAGGCAGGAAAAGUGCCGGGGGAAGGAACACUACAAUCAUACUAGUAAUGAGUAUCUUCCUGGUUCUGUUGGUUCUGCUCAACGUCACCCUGUUCCUAAAGCUGUCUAAGAUUGAGCAUGCAGCCCAGAGCUUCCACCAUUUUCACCACAAGCAGGAGCGCUAUGCCAGCCUACACCCCGGUGGGAUUGGUGGUGCGGAUCAACCCCACAAAGAGAAGGUAUUCGGCCCAGGGUUAAGGGGGCUACUUCAGGACUCCAUUUCAACCAUUGAGCAGCUGAAGAACUCCCUGCUCCUCCUCCAGAAAAGCUUCGAUCUGCUCAACAGGACGCGGGAAGAGGACCCUGCUGGGAGUUAGCACCCUGACGUGACUAUGGGUGGGGGGUAAAUGUUCCAUGAAGGACCCAGCUGGGAGUUAGCAUCCUGACGUGACUUUAUGGGUGGGGGGGAGAAACGUUCCAUGAAGGAAAUCUUAGUACCGGAGAACUGUUUACAGAGACUGGGAAAGUAACUCAGGAGUGGCCCUAAGGGCUACCAACCUUGGAGCAAAGGGCCACAUUAACCCCUUCAGUUCCUGCUCGCCGCUGGCGUCGCCCCCUUCUUCCAUUUUAUUUAAAUCCUACGUUGUUUUUGUGAAUUGUAAUUCUGUUUCUUGUUUGUCCUGUUUUUUUCCCCUGAAGUUUCUAAAGGUUCUCAGGUUCCUGCCCAAUCCGGUGCCGUUAUAAAGCGAUGUUUAUUGCUGGGGGGCUUCUGGGUGUUUAUAGUUUGCACUAAAUACAUGGGGGGCAGAUUUACAUUGCUGCUCUAAUGGGGGGGGGGGUCACUGCUUCCUGUUCUACCUCUUACUCUUCCCAAAUUCCGUUAUUUUAUUAGGGAAUAUUUAGCUCACAAUAGCUAAUGCUUUGCCCGUUUGCGCCCCCUGGCUGUUGCUUAUGGUAGUGCUGUCUGUGCCACCCCCAAUUUGCCCCGCUGGCAGCCCUUAGAUUCACUGUAUGUGAGAGACUGGCAUUGCCCCCUGCCCAAGCCUCUCCUUUUAAGUUGGUGCAACUGUCAUUUUAUCCGUAGCCUAGAACCAUUUGCAUUUGGGCCAUUUGCCCCCUCCUGUGUCAGUCUCUGAGCUACAGAGCCUAUUGGGCCCCUUCAGAACCCGACUCCCCAGGGUGCCAUGGCGUUGGGCUGGUUCUCCUGUUACAGUGAAAUGUUACAGCAACAAGACAUGGAUUUCUGGUUUUCUUUUGUAUUUUAUUCCUUUGGGGUUUAGGCUUUUUUUAAUUAAGAUUCUAAUGCCCCAAAAUACGUGAAGGAGGGGUAUUUAUUGCAUAGUGUGUGUGUGUGUGCUGAUUAUUUAUUGUGUUUUUGGUGCCUUGUACCAGAGUCUGUGUCUGUAUAAACUACAACUCCCAGCAGCCCCUGCUCCAGCUUUGUGCCAUGGAGGGAUGUUGGGGCUUGUGGGCCAAUAGAAAUCAUUUACCAGUUUUUACACAAUGGAUUGUUCCAUUGACAGUACAUCUCCCCCCUGAAUGGUUUAAUCUAACGAAACGGGACAGGCGCAACGUGGCACUUUCCCAAUGCCCAUUACUGUGCCCACUUCAUCCUAAAACUCCCGCCCCCGGACUGUGCUUAUUGGCUGCCCAUAUCUGAUCUAGGGUUGGCCGGCUGUGAUGACUCUGGGUCGCACCCACUCCUUUCUGGAGCCCCCACUUUCUUUCCUUAGGGGCCAAUUUGGCUUCACUGCCCCAAAAUUCAUUUAGAAGCAAUUAUGAAAUGAUGGGAUCUGUUAUCCAGAAAGCCCUGAUAUGUGCCAGUGCUGUUUCCCAUAAUGCCCUGUUUAACUCAUUUCUGACUGAUUCGCUUUUCCCCUGUAAUAAUGAGACAGAACCUUGUGCCUGAUGGGAACGGAGCUGCCGGAAUCCAUGUUGGUGGCACAAAUCCUAUUGGGUUUCACUAAUAUUUAUUAGCCUUGGGGUACAGCGCCCCAAAUGCUGGGAACCCCCAAUAGGAUGCUUGCCUAGCAACAGGGUCAUGUGAUCACUUUGGCCCUUUUCAGAGAGGCCUGAGGAUUUUCUUGUGUAAAAAUCAAUAAAAUCGGGAACUGAAAUCAA